UUUUACCCAGCGAAGUUACCCACUGAAGUUGUGUGUUCUCUCUCUCUCGUACGAAUCGAAUCGCUGUAAAAAGUGUAAAAACAAAACUUUUGUGCAUUCUUCUCUUAUCACAAAAAAAAAACAAUAACGCAUUCGUGGUUUCCAUUUUUAUCGUCAGUUUUUUUACGGUUUUCUGAAAUUCAACUCCGCGGUUGCGACAAUAAAUUUUAAUGUUUUGUGAGUUUUACAUGGUGAUAGUGUUCAUUGCUUAAAGUGCCUGGUGCCUUUUCUAUAACAACUGCUUAACGGAUUCCCUGGAAACUUGUAUUUUAGGUUGAGGAAAAAGGACAUUCCUAUUUAAACGAUUGUAACCUGCAACAAUGGCCGCCAAUAAGGGAGCUGCAUUCUGGAUGGGAGCUCAAACGCUGCCCAUUCCAAUGUCGAUGUUCCGGGAAAAUAGAGAGAAAGUUGUUGGUGAGCUGCGUAAAGUUCGCACGUUUGACGGACCGGCACUGAUCAUACUCCAGGGUGGCGACAACAUCAGCCACUAUGAUACCGAUGUGGAUUACGUAUUUCGACAGGAAUCCUACUUCAUGUAUUUGUUCGGGGUAACGGAACCCGGCUGCUACGGUACCGUAGAUGUCGCAACCGGAAGCACCGCGCUGUACGUGCCACGGCUUCCGUCCGAGUAUGCCGUCUGGAUGGGCCCGCUGCUCUCGUUGGACGAUUUCAAGCAGAAGUACGAAGUUGACGCGGUGCACUACGCCGAUGAGAUUGAUGUCAAACUAGGGGAGCUCAAUCCAUCCGUUCUUCUAACUUUGAGUGGCCCAAACACGGACAGUGGAUUGCAAGCAAAGCCGGCCGACUUCAAGGGGAUCGAGAAGUUCGUCGUUGACUCGGAUAUUCUGUUCCCGGUAAUUGCUGAAUGUCGCGUCAUCAAGUCCAAGGCGGAAGCGGAGGUCCUCCGAUACGUGGCCAAAGUGUCUUCGGAUGCGCACAAGCAAGUCAUGAAGAAAAUUCGUCCCGGCUGGCAAGAAUAUCAGGGCGAGGCCGAAUUCCUUCAUCACGCCUACUCGGUCGGAGGCUGUCGGCAUGUAUCAUACACUUGCAUCUGCGGUGCCGGAACCAACUCCGCCAUCCUGCACUACGGCCAUGCAGGAUCGCCGAACGAUCGGCUCAUCAAAGACGGAGAAAUGUGUCUGUUUGACAUGGGCGCCAACUACAAUGGUUAUGCUGCAGACAUCACGUGCAGCUUCCCCGUUAAUGGAAAGUUCACCGAGGACCAGAAGUUGAUUUACAAUGCAGUGCUGGCAGCUAGAGAUGCCGUUUGCGGUGCUGCAAAGGAGGGUGUUUCCUGGGUCGAUAUGCAUCUGUUGGCGAAUCGGGUUAUGCUCGGCGUGAUGAAGGAAGGUGGAUUAUUCCAAGGUGAAGUUGAUGAAAUGAUGAGUGCUGGAUUGAAUGCCAUUUUCCAGCCCCAUGGUUUGGGCCAUUUAAUUGGGCUGGACGUGCAUGAUGUUGGUGGUUAUUUGUCGCAUUGCCCGGAACGCCCGUCACAACCCGGUGUCAAUCGUCUGCGUAUGGCACGUACCCUGCUGGCCGGAAUGUACGUUACGAUCGAACCAGGAUGUUACUUCAUUGAUCCGUUGCUCAACAAAGCUUUCGCCGAUCCGAAUCUGAGUAAGUUCCUGGUUAAGGAUCAAAUUGAUCGUUUCAGAAACUUCGGUGGUGUACGAAUUGAAGACGAUGUUCUGAUUACCAAGACUGGGAUAGAAAAUUUUACUGUUGUGCCAAGAACUGUCGAGGAAAUUGAAGCAUGGAUGGCGCGUUAAAUAAGGGGAGGCUUCAAUAUUUUACUAUGAAUUUAUUAUACUUUAUUACCCAAACAAAUAUGAAAGUCAAAUAUUGUCAUGUAUUCUUUUUUCUUCUAAAACAAAUAUGUUACGUUAAUGAUAUAUAUUAACUGGAAAAUACA